AGCCUCUGUUUACGUCUAUCGCGACCCUGGCAUUCGCGCUUGCCAGUCUUUCCCUGACUAUUGUGACGCUAUAGUCUAGCUGCCCUUGCCCUUCAUGUGGAUUCUACUCUUUGAUCGUUAUCGUGAAAACGUGCUCGUACAGCGGUAGUGGUUACUCAAUAUGAAUGGCAAACGUAACCUGGCAGCGCCACGAUGUUUCCCCACCAUUCGCCCCCAAUGCAGUGGGCGCCAAGAAGUGAUGUAGCUCCUUCUGCCGGAGCGCUCAGUCGGAGGGACGUUUCGCCCUUGCCCUCCGGACAGGAGAGCCUAUGGUUUACAUCUAGCGGCCCUUCCCUCCAGCUGUAUCAACAGUUUAGUGGGAGCCACCAGAUACCACCACAUCCCACGGGGUACCUUGCGACGUGCGUUUCGCUUGGUGCUCCAACGCCGAUAGACCCUUCAAAGAACGUUAUGCUAGAGAGAUAUAGUAUACCACAAGCAUCAGCGGAAGACUAUUCUGACGUCCAUUUUCUCGGAUAUAAACGGAACCUGUCUCAUCAGGUUUUCCAACCUGCAGGCACAAGUAUGCAACCUCGCACUGAAAAUAAAUUACAAGAUGAAAUCAGACAGUUUAUGGGAGUAAUGCAACAGUAUACACACAAUAUACGUUCCCAGACAAAGCAAUUUCAGAGUCGACAGAGUUCUGCAGUUAAUCUUGAACACAGCCCCUGCUUUCCAUGCCAUCAGUCCCCUGACAGUUCUCAACGUGAUCCUACUCAUCUGAACAGCAUGUCUUAUCAGCAGCCUUCAGGGAAUACUCAACCAGAUGCUCAUGAGUCUAGUGAGCCAGUAACUGAUUUACGCACUGCCCAAGAUGAUAAUGCUCACUUCAUGCCUCUGACCUGGACCUCUCAAGACCAAGCCAUAGGGGACCCUACGGUUUCUUCUACAAUAAAAAGUCCUGUUUCGAAUCAGCAUAAAGAAUCUUCCACUAUUAACGAGAAAACUGACAUGCCAGAGAAUGUCGUUGAUGCAAGAAAACCCAGUGAUGUACCAAAUGUCCUAUUAAAACCUCCCAAGCGAAUGUUUUCCAGGAAAGGGAAAUGCUUGUCCGGCCUCUUUCGAAAGGCCCCUCAAGGUUUUCCACAUGUCUCUUUUGAUUUUGAAAUAUAUUGUUUUUUGUGCUGCAGAAUGGCGGCAGGGAACAACGUGUAUGAGCACAUGUUUUUCGGGAACUUGAAAUGCAUAGAGUGUGGUCAUGUAGUUAGGUCGUGCGAAGACUUUAAAAUUGUCAGAAACAGCAGUGAGGUGUGUGGUGUCAGUAAACGGAAACAUAGACUUGCCUCUUGGGCCGAUUGUCCUGUGGAAUUCUUAGAAUAUAGUGUGAAACAAUCCUUAGCACCCAAUAGAAUUGAGGAAUGUAGCUCUCCGUCAACUUCUGACGUUACAACUGAAUUGAGGAACUACAUGAAGAAGUUAUCGUUACUUCGAUUUUACAAGCCAUGGAAAUCUGCCUUCAGGAGAUGCUCCGAAUACGUGAAAAGUAUGAACAGGACAGAAAUAGACAGUGUUCUCCCAGAAGAUACACAGGAAGUAAUUAGUAGGGAAGAGGUCGGUAGUGUUAUUCCAGGGGAUUCAGAGGAGGAAAUCCAUAAGGAAGAGGUUAACAGUGUUAUUCUAGGGAAUGCACAGGAAAAAAAUAAUAGUGAAGAUGUUAGACUUAUUUUUCCAGGAGAGACACAGGGAAAAAUUAAAAGAGAAGAGGUAAACAAUCAUAUUCAAAAGGACACACAAGAGGAAAUUAAUAGGCAAGAGAUAGGCAGGGACACGGGAAGAACGUUUUAUGAUCUCAUCGGUAGUCAGAGUGAAAGACAAGAAGAACCGCAAAUUGAAGGAAUAAACAUUUAUGAAGCACUGGAACAAUAUCGGGAAGAUUCUCGGCCAUCAAUCAACGACACAGUAAUUGUUCAUCCAUCAAUUAGCGACGGAGUAAUUAUUGGAGUUAAGCAAGAACCUCAAGAGAGUACUUUCAGUCUUCCAACAUUCAAAAACCAUUUACAUGACAGUGACAAAGAUGAUAACGACAACGAUACCUUAAGAAUCUCCAACAACCAAUUUGAAGAUAAUCGUGAUACCGCUGGUACUUACACUCAGGAUCCAGUAACAGAUACACAGCAACAACCCACCUUAUGGGAACCUAAUGGUGACGACACCCACGCAAACAUGGUUGAGGAAACUGAAACAUGCGAAAGCUUUCAGGAUGAAAUCUCCAACCGUAUUUCAGAAAAUCAAGCAUAUGAAAAAAGCUUUGAACUUUCAGAAAGACUUUCAACAAGACCUCCAGAUCCAGAGGAUAACCAAGUGGUUUAUUAUUAUCCCAGUGAAACUCCCCCUGAGGAGUGUCCUAUGUGUUACUACACUCUUUGUGCCACAAUGUUUACACUGAAUACGACCAACUUCAGAGUGUCCACUGAAUGUCCUGACUGCCGCUUGAAAAUUUGCAUUGCAUUCAAAGAUUCCGCGUGUUCAAAAAAGACAAAAAGAUUCAAAUGUAGUCUGUGAUUUUUUCAAAUAUUAUUAUUUACUAAGGAUUUCAUGCAAACACAUCUGUGAUAAGUUUGUAAUAUCAGUAUAAAGUUUAUAAAUUUUGGAUUAUAUUAUUUAGAAGAGGCGACUAAUUUGCUCUUUUCUUUGUGAUAAAUAACAUGAAUAUAAGUAAAAAGUUAUGAACGUUA